GAGACGAUUCUUUUACUUAAACUUUUCUAUACCUUUGGUGUCUAGUGGCAGUCGUUACUUUUUCCUGUAGUUUAGUGAUCAGAACAGAUCUGACGAUUACGUUUCCGUUCUGCAACUUUAGAACCGAAAGUCACGUGUACUGCAAAUGUGUAAGUACAAUUUGUCACAGGCGUAUGUAGAAACCAGGCAUGGUAUGCGUGUCCGAAUUCUACUUAAACGUGUCAAACGCAUUUGCUAAACAUUCCCUUGCAUGGUUGUUGUUGUCCGCUAAGGGAAGAACAUGUAUGGUACCGUUAUUCCGGUCUACCAUACACAAUAUCCGGUCUCUUAUGUCCUAUGAGCUGUGUGCUCCAGGUUACAAUUCCUGGAACGAGAAGAAUAGGAACAUGACAGGUGUAAAAACGACAAGGACAAUAAAUAUCUAGUCGAACAAUUUGACAGCGCAAUAUCCGUAACGUAACGAAAGCGGAUAUCACUUUAUAAGAAGUCCCUACCUUGUCUCUCGCCCCUUAACCCAUGGAACUGAAAGUCCCGCCCCCUCUCUCCUCCAUAACGCCCAUUUAGAACAACCCGUUGCAACGACUGGGAACGAGUUGAGUGUUGUGGUGAAGGGCGGGGAUAACCUUUAACAUCAGCAAACAGAUCAUGUAAAACCAGUGAUCAGAAACAUUUAAUAAGCCUACUUGCAAAUAAGGGAUCAUUAUAUUUUUGUUCUAUUUACUUUGUACUUUUUCUGUGGAAUAUCUCUUUGCUUUUGUUUUCCUUUCCCCCCCCCAACUACUUGCUUGUCUGUUGAACAGAAAAAAACAGAAUGUUGCAAUAGCAGCACAUUUUUGGCCCUGCCCUGUUCAUCUCUGUUAGGCUAAAGGCCUGUGUGUGUUUUUGAGGGCUCACAAAGCAAAGGCUGACUGAGAGAGUUCCGUGGCAUGCGGGUUAAUAGUUGGAUCUAAUUAGGACAAAAAUUAAUAAGAUGCAAUGCUCUGUUUCCCUGGAAACACCAUGGAUGGCAGUCGGGUUCAUUAGCACUCACAGUACUGCUCCCUCUCCCCUGCAACCACAGGGCGGACGGGGGGCGGACCGGGGCUUGUGUAAAUAGUUAGUCAACAUUCACAUCUUGAGGUCCAAAGGAAGGUUUAUGGAGGUCAGGAGAGAAGUGUGAUCUAUUUGGUCUCAGGGAGCUGGUUGUAUGAGGGAGGCAGAGGGAGAGAUAAUACAAUAUUAUGGAAUCAAUACAAAAUCUAAUCAAAUCACCAAAAGUUGUUGGAAACUGGUAAAAGAGUACUUUAUUUAUGUACCCAGUCACCGUCAUCUGACCCAGGCGAUUCAAAAUCAGCACACAAGUAACAACAUUAAAAGUAGGGAUCUACAUACUGGCAGGCCAUAUUGGCAUGACAAUGGCUGUCAUUAACUAUUGAAGUUAGCCUUUAGUGGCUUAUAAAUGUGCUUCUGAAAUGAUAUAAAGAAAUCUUGAAUUGGUCCAUCUGUCAUUUACAAGAUUUCUUUCAGGUAACUUGUUUCUUUGACUCCUUAGAAUUGCUGACAUUUCCUAAUUACACUGGCUUUUUAUCUACAAGCACUUACUGCUGCAAUAGUAUAAAGUGCAUCAAAGCAUAAACUAAACAGAGUAUAAAAUAUAAAAAAAUAGUCGCCGUUAAUGGAUAACUGAUUACAAAUUGUAAUCGCAGGCAAAUGUCACUGAACAGGCUCUUUGGUUCCAGUGUUGGAAGGCAUUUUGUUUACACUGUUAAUGCAUCAAACUGAGAAUUUAAUAUUGGAUAUGUAAACAUGGCGGAUGAGUGUAUCCAUAUUUAUAUUUAUAUAAAUACAUUUUAUUAAUAUAGAUUUUCUUUUUUUAUAUAUAGAAUAUUUAAAACCCGCCGGCAUUGAUACACAUUUUAUGGAUUUUCGUUCCAUCGAAAAUUAAAUAACGUGUGUAAACAGAAUAGGAGACAGGAUAGUGCACAGGGUGACUUAUCAAGCAGUGUGUCUGUGCAACCUAAAUCACUUGGGUGUUACUGACUCAGCUUUACACACCCACGCAUGCGCGCACGCUUGCGAUGAAUGUGUUCCUGUCAGCUGUACUGAUGAGGGAGGGUCGAUCACUGUCUCGUUAUACAAUCUGAUUCUAGACUAAUUACUUGACAAAAUAGGUUGAAUACACCCCCUGGCUUUCUCUCUUACUAUUAGGCAUAGUUGUUGGACAAUGUUGAAAAAGCUGUAAUUUCUACGGUUCAAUUGUCGUCAUUGAUAAAAUGUGCCUUUCCAUCAAGCAUUUGGGAAAAAUUUGGAAUCAUGUGGAGGCUUUUCAGUGUAAUUUAGUGUUGUGGCCUGUUGUCACACUACUGACAUAAUGGGCUUAAAUCAAAUCAAAAGAAAACAAUGCAGAAUUGUGACAUGUAACUGACAUUGGUGGUCAGUAAAACUAGAAUUGGUAUGGCAUUAAAGAAGGCAUCUGAACAGAAAUAACAGAAAAAAAUAUUUAGCAUGGAUAGUAAUACUGUGGUUUUGGACACAAUUUAUUAUGGACACAAUUUGAAAAAGGACAGUUUAAUUGGCAUGCACAUUGGCAUGGCUUUCAUGACAUAUUAGACUUUCUUAUUGUUUGAUCAACUUUGAAGCAUCAAUUGAAGCUUAAAAAUAAAUGUAAUCUGAAAAAGAAAUUCUGUGAUGGCAGUUUAUUCAUCACUGGAAAUCUACAGUACAGCGCAUACCACACCAUCCAAAGAACAUGGCCGAUAUUGUAGAUAACAUUUACAGCCAACAUAGUAGCAUGCUUAUUUAAUCUACGGGCAUGUGCUUCUAAAAGCCCAUCUUAAUAAAAGCUAUAUAACAGAUUAUAUUCUAUAAUCAUUUGGUAUGAAGUACACGUCGUCUUCCAAUGUGAAUAAGAAAGUAGUCUUGUGUCUCCUGAACUGUUUGGAAGAACCUUUUUAAUGGUCGGGCAUGGAGAUGAGUGUGGUCUUAUUAAAGUAUCUACAGUGAACUCCGAUGUAAUACCUCUCUAGUCACGCCAUUGAUUAGCGUGUGGCUGCCGAGACCGCGAUAUUUGCUUUGCGUCCGGUAAGGGUAAACUGCUGAAAUGACGGGCAGACCAUCGACACACAUACACACACAAGUUCAUGCACACACACACAUACACCUGUGAAUGUUUCACCAAACAUGCUAUGUCAAUGACCUGUAUCUUAAAACCGUCACAUCUCAACUCCUGCCCACAAAACCAGUGUGAAAACCAAUCCUUCUCCUAACUCCUAUGGGACGUUUCAUCUUAAUUUAUUUUCACAAGCUCCAUUUAUAUGAUACCGGACAGAAGAAGACCCCUGAGAAGAAGGAUGGAAGGCGCAUGUCUUUCCAGAGACCCAAAGGGACCAUCGAAUAUGCUGUGGAAUCCCGGGACACGCUGAACAGCAUAGCGCUCAAGUUCGACAGCACACCCAAUGAGCUGGUGCAGCUCAACAAGCUGUUCUCCAGGGCCGUGGUGCCUGGCCAGGUUCUGUACGUCCCUGAUCCAGAAUACAUCUCCAGUGUGGGAAGUUCCCCCUCCCUCAGUCCCAUCAGCCCCCUGUCUCCCACCUCCUCUGAGGCUGACCUGGAGAAGGUGACGGACUCGGAUGGCCCCCCCAGACCAGAUGGAGUCCACCCCCCAGUGUUCUCGGCCCUGCGCCACGGCCGGGUGGUGUCGUCUACCUCGGAGGAGGAGGAGGCCCUGACAGAGAAGUUCCUGAAGAUCAACUGCAAGUACAUCACAGAUGGCAAGGGCGCGGUGAACGGCGUGCUGCUGGUCACGCCCAACAACAUCAUGUUCGACCCCCAGCGUAUGGACCCCCUGGUGCUGGCCCACGGCUGUGAGGAGUACGGCAUCAUGUGUCCCCUGGAGGAGGUGCAGUCAGCCGCCAUCUUCAAGGAGAUCACCGACGCCAAGAUCAGGGAUGGCGCGGUCGGUGACCUGGAGCCGAUGCCGGCGGAGAGACACCCCUCCCAGCUGACGGACGGCGAGGCGCCUCCCCGGGAGCCCGGGGCCAACGACAGCGGCGGCAGCACGGCGCCGCGCAGCACUGAGGGCUCCGUCUCCGAGGACGUCUUCACCGAGUCGGAGCUGUCGCCCAUCCGCGAGGAGGAGCACCAGGCGUCCAGCGACGACCUCUGCCUGAUGGACAAGUCCUCCGGCGCCUCCACCGAGUCGGUGCAGACCGUCACCCAGCUGGACGUCGGCCCCCCCUCCGCCUCCCGGGGCGGAGACGGGUCGGCCAGCGAGCCGGCAAAGGCUUCGGCCCCCGUGGAGGACGUUCCACCAAACACUGCAGCGGAACCCCGGGCCCGCUCUCCUACGGUGUCCAAGCAGCACAGCCUAGAGGGCACCGCAAGCACACCCGCCGCGUGCGCUGCGAGCGGCCCCACCGGCUCCACCAGCCAGGCACGGGGGAGCGGCGACGGCUCGUCGCGCCCCGGGUCCGAGAGCUCGGCCGAGCCCGGCGCCGGCGAGCCCCCAACCAGCCAAGAGGGAGCCUGCGGCGAGGGCGCCACGGACUCUGUGCAGCGGGCCGGGGAACACAAGGACACAGUGGAGCCCACGGAGAAGGAGGGCCCUCAGAGCGCCGCAGAGGGAUCAGUGGAGAGACGAAAACCUCGCUCUCACAAGUUCCUGUGUCUGCGUGUGGGGAAGCCCAUGAAGAAGACGUUUAUAUCCAACGCCAGCGCCUCCAUGCAGCAGUACGCCCAGCAGGGCAAGAAGCACGAGUACUGGUUCUCAGUGCCACAGGAGAGGUCUGAGCACCUGUACGUCUUCUUCAUCCAGUGGAGCCCGGACAUGUAUGGGGAAGGGGUGAGGGGGGUGGGCCGGGAGCCAGGGUUCAGGGUGGUUAAAAAGAACCAGGAUUCGGAGAAGGCCGCAGAAGAGCCCGUCACUGAUAUCAAUGUGAAAGAGUGGGAGGUAGUGUCUCUGACGGAGUACCACCGUAGGAUCGAUGCGCUAAACAGCGAAGAUCUGCGCUCACUCUGCAAACGACUUCAGAUUACCACCAAGGAGGAGGCCAAAACACACCAUGGCACGUCCAUCAAAACGGAGCUGGAGCCAGAGACCUUCAAGCCCAACCUCAGUGAACCUAGCGACCUGCUGGAGGCCGAGCAGAUAGAAAAGUUGGCCAGGAACCUGCCCCCACGGACCAUCGGCUACCCGUGGACGCUUGCGUUCGGCACGUCCAAGCACGGCAUGAGCAUCAAGUCCCUGUACCGGGCCAUGCAGGGCCAGGACACGCCCGUCCUCAUGGUCAUCAAGGACAGCGAUGGACAGGUGUUUGGCGCGCUGGCCUCCGAGCCGUUCAAGGUGAGCGACGGCUUCUACGGCACCGGGGAGACCUUCCUGUUCUCCUUCAACCCAGAGUUUGAGGUAUGUGGUACAAUACUUUUAAGGUGGCGUUUUCUGUGCUUUGAUUUCCCCCAGUCGGGCGAAGGUGUUUGAAACGUUGUCUUUGGAAUGAGACUAAUUUGAACGAAAAUGUCCCCUUUCAAACUUUUUUUUAAGUGUAUAUCAUCAAACUAAAUUCCCUGCAGUGCGCUUCAUGUUGCGUCUCCGUGUCAUUGACGCAUCUGUCUAUGAUUGGAACAACCUCUUGUCCUGUGAGACGUUCUAUGUGCGAUAAGGGUGGAUCCCCUGUAUCUAAGAUACCAUUUUCACUUUCUUUGUUUAAAAUCUUCUCAGAAAACGUGUAACUUUUAACCAAUUAAUAUCAACAAUUAUGCAGAGUUAGACAUCAGCUGUCAGACUCUUUCAUAAUGCAUAGGGUUUAUUAUUUGUGUUGUCUACACAAGUUUAUUUAUAAAGUCCUUAAUCACAUCUACAGACUCAAGGGGCUUCAUAGGCUUGCUUUGCUGCUAAUGGAGGAGAAUGAGCAGACUGCUCCCAGACCGUAGACCUCACACGGCCAGGGAAAACACUCUGAAUAUCCAUUUACAGUAUAAAAAUGUGCCUAAUCAUGGAGGGACUUGGAGAGUUCUCC